UAAGCCAAGUGAUAGGGGGAGGGAGUAGAGGCCGAGGCAAGCGGGAGUAGUAGAAUGACAAGAACAAGAGUAUUGACCAAGGAAACAAACAAACAAACAUCCAUCCAUCCAUGCAUACUCCUAGAAUAGUAAUUUCAUUUUUUUUUCUGCCGAAGACGAAAUGAAGAGAAGUGAUGGUAUGGAGUUGUGUUGCAGUAUUCUUGAUGAGGGAGUGAGGGAGUAAGUUGCAGAGGUGAGCCAGGCGAGUUACUUGAUUGGGUAAUGCACACGUUUUUCCAGCCUGUGAAGUUUCGCCUCGAGCUUUUUGCCCGCCAGUUUCCACCCUUUCACUUUCAAACUGCUCUCUGCUCUUCUUCUCUCCUCUCCUCCUCCCAAACACCGCUUUCUCCCCCUCUCCGUCCACCUUCCCUCCCGAUACCUUCACCCUGUUCCUGCAGCCUCCUGCUCCGUCACCAUUCCAAUCACUGCCUGAUAAUCGUUUCAACUAUUAUCCCCGAGAAGAGUUCUCCCUGGAGAAAUUUUCAAAACUGUUGUGGUGCCCCUCAUCCGCUGCCGCGUUGCUUGAUUCUUGACCGAUUGAAGCUCCCUCCCUCCUCCGCCUUUUCGGCCUUGCCACUGGCAAGCGGCCUUCCCUCUUGGCUCGUUCGGCCACACAACUUGUCGCAUCUACUAUUCCCAGAUCCCUCUUCCAGCCUUAGCACAACUACUUGACUCAUAUCUCCUGCUGUGCUCCUCCAUCCUUAUCGUCUUCUCCACUAUCUCUCUUCAUUAUCAUCAUCAUCAUCAAAUCCCCCUCCCUCCGUCGGCAACCAAUGAGAUCGUUGUAAACGCAACCCACC